UCGGGGAUGUACAUGGGAGACGGCAGCUCCACGAGUGAAGGGAGGAUGCAGCAUCAAGAGUUUGUGGUUUCCGAUCCCUCAACAAGAAUCUGCACGAUUGGGGAUAUCAACGUGGGCAUGGAGUACAGGUUCCGUGUGCGAGCCGUGAAUGAAGCAGGGCCGGGAGAGUGGAGUGACGAGCUGAGCUACGUUCCUGAGUGUGGCCCUCCCGCCAUUCGGGGCUCGCUGGAGCUCUCUAGCGCGCAUGCUGGCCAUAUCUGUGCGGAAUGGGAAGCGGCGGAUGGCAACGGCCUGCCUGUGGAGGAGUACGUGCUAGAGAUGUCAGAGACGGACCUCAAGUCAAGCUCCAACUCCUUCGGCAGUUCUGUGGAAGUCUACAGGGGGCCGGACUUGAUGUGCAACGUGGAAGGGCUGUCGAGCAACAAGAGGAUGCUGCUGCGGCUGAAAGCUGUCAAUGCCAUGGGCGAGUCAGCCUGGAGCGAAAUCUCAUUCAUAGACAUCGUCAGCUAUGACAACAACUCCAACAUCGAGUUCUCGGACAUCGAGCUCGGGGAGGUGAUAGGGGAAGGAGGGUUCAGUGUGGUUCACAAGGGGACUUGGAAGGGCAUGUCGGUUGCUGUCAAGAAGCUCAAGAUUCAAUACGCGGAUGGUGGAGACAAGCAUGCUGAUGAGUUCCGAAAGGAAGUUCAGCUGCUGAGCAACCUGCGCCAUCGCAACAUCGUUCGCUAUAUGGGAGCGUCGCUGCAGUCGCCCGACUUGUGCGUCCUGACCGAAUUGCUGGAAUGCUCCAUGUCGGACCUCCUCUACAAGCAGAAUCUGAAGCUCAAGAUGGAACAAGUCCUUGGGUUUGCACGAGACGUGGCAAAGGGGGUGAAGUACCUUCACUCGUUGAGGCCGAUGAUCAUCCACAGGGACCUCAAGAGCAGCAAUCUCCUCGUGGACUCCUUGAAGGUUUGCAAGAUCUCUGACUUCGGGCUCUCUCGGAUCAAGGAUGAAAGCGUCACCAAGAUCAGCGGCAUGCUCGGCACUCCCGGUUGGUCUGCUCCAGAGAUCUACAAGCAGGACAAGUACACGGAAAAGGUGGACAUGUACUCUUACGGGGUUGUGCUGAGCGAGAUGGUGACGGGAGAGAAGCCUUACGCGGGGCUCAACCAGAUGCAGAUCGCAUUCGCGACGGUCUAUCAGGGACAAAGACCGUCCUUGCCCGACAACAUCCCCAAGCAGCUCAAGAAUCUCAUCAAGAGCUGCUGGGAUAGCGUCCCCAACAAACGGCCGUCCUGGGACAAGAUCCUAGAUGCCUUGAGACAGAUCGAGGACUUUCUGACAGACCAGAGGCAGGUGAGGUACGUAGGGCAGUUCUCCCGUCCUCCCAAGCUCCGCGCAAACCAGCGGAGGCCCUCGCCCGCCUCAGACAUGCUGCGGUCCCAGGACGCGAGCUCCAUGAUGAACCUAACGAGCUCCAACGCUGCUCGGACAAACCGAACGCCCACCAGGAACCGACCUGAGUCGCAGAGUGCAAGCCAAAGGCCGCAAACGGUUGAGGCUGCAGGGGUGGAGAGCAACCUGGAGGGCGGGAGAGGAUCGAAUAGGUUCCGCUCUCCAUCCCGCUCUCCUGCGACGCGCAAGAACUUCGGGCAGAGUGAGAACAGGCCGGCCUCGUCGAGCAGGGCCAAGGGGAGGGCGAGCGAGGUUUCACCUCUCAAGGACGGCAGCAGGAAAGCGACGAAGCUCGACGUCUCUCUCUGGCCCUUCGCCGACAGCAGCAGCGACAAGGACCAGAGGCCCGAGGAGCUGCAAGGGACCCCAGUAGGCAGCGAGAGGGAGUACGAAUCUGAGGAGAGCCCGGAGAACCCCAGCGAGACCCAAGGGCUGUUGGCGCACAAGAGCGAGGAGAUCGAGGAGAUCUUGUCUUCUCCUGAGGAGCACGUCCUCGCCCUCCCCGAGCCCCUUGCUCAAAGAAGGGUUGCUGUUGAUCGGAACAGACUCACCCCGAUCAACAGCGACAAGAUCAUUCCGUACCGUCAUGACUUGAGCAAGCCAUCGAUUAAGAAGUAACCCUCCCUCCCUCGUUCCGUGACCCCCUGCAAACCUGUCUAUCUCUAAUCUCUGAUACCUUCAUCUAUCUCUCUCUCUGAUACCUUCAUCUAUCUCUCUCUCUGAUACCUUCAUCUAUCUCUACUCUUCUUCCCGGCCCUUCAUGUUCAGGCUUCAACACUUCCCCUUCGUCUCUUAUGUUAAGAAAACCUCACUCAACGAUG